AUUUACGUAAAAAGUCAUAGGGAGCAUGGGAAAUGUAUUCAAUUUGUACAAAUGUAGUCGAUGAAUGCACUAAAAUGUCUAUAUUAUGCUAUAUUGGACAUUACUGAUAAGAUUUUUACAUUCGCAUAUUUUUCCCUCUUUCUUUUGCCUGGUUUACGUAAGUCAAACUGAUAAGUGUUGUUACGUCGUUGCCUAGAAACACAACGCCAUGAAAAGUCUUCAUUCCAAGUUGUCCGUUGUCAGGGUUGCAGCGCGAGACUUAAUUUAUAUAAACAGACAAACCAACAAAAUAGACUCAUAAUCACCGUGGAAUGGAAAAUAUACAAAUCGACAAAAAUGCAACCAGUGCAGUGGAGGCCUAUUUAGAAUACAGAAGGAUUGUUGGGGAAGAUGAUAGAGGGAGGAUGUUUUCAGAGGAUGAGUACAAGAAAUACAAAGAGACAGUGGUCCCAAGAAGAUUACGAAACCGCCUAUAUGUCAGUUUUGCCAUCCCAGGACAGAUAGACUGCAAACUCAUUGGACCAGAGACACCUUGUUUUUGUACACACAGGUACAAACAACACUGCACGGACUUUGAGGAGUUGCCAAAGGAAAGGCCUAUACUUCUGCCCUGUAGGGUCAAAGGUUGUCACUGUGUGUCCUAUGAAUACGUUCAUAUCAACGGCUCUAACCAAGUACGCUGCCAAUGCAAACACACAACCAGUGAGCACGCUGAAGUUUCAGGGCACCUGUGCAAGAAAUGCACUCAGUGUACUGGUUAUCGAAGUCCAUUCACCUGCGGCUGUGGCCAGCCUGGAUAUGCUCAUGUGACAGUGGUUGAAACCAGGGAAGAGCGCCUGACACGGGGACACCCGGUGGGCAGAGCUGUUCCGUAUGCGGCUAUGGGAGGCCUGACUGGGUUCAGUUCACUGGCAGAAGGCUACCUGAGACUGGAUCCCAGUGGCAUAGGCAAUGCAUGUGAACAUCACACACAAUAGAAUAUACAUGUCACCUGAUCAAUGAUUUGAUUCAUUAGAUUUGAUCAAUCAUUUUUUAUAUAUAUAUAAUUAAAGUAUCUGUCUACUAGAUCAA